GAUGGAAAAAGGGAAGGAAGGAGGGAGCAGAAAGGAGUAAGAGUGUGUGCAAGAGUGUGUGCAGUGUCGAGUGGCCGGCUCAGCUCGAACACAUCUCUUUAUCUGUCUCUGGGGUAGACAGUGUGUGUGUGCGAAUCAGAUUAGCCAGUAAAUUCUGCUGCUGCUGCUCAGAGUUAAACUCCGCCCCUCGCCAUGAAGGAAGAAGGAAUUGUGAGCCGUCGUCGUUUCUCUAUGUGUGGUGGAAUUGGAUCUGUUCGUCCUGAAAGACGGAAACUUAUCCGCAAUGCCUCGUUCGGGGGCUGCAACGAGAUUACGAACAGCCUCACAGGUUUUGAACGGAAGGAGGACAUCUUAACUCUGAAAGAGGAUUCAUCUCUGUCUAUAUCGAAAAGCAAGUCUGAGUCUAAGCUGUAUAACGGAUCAGAUAAAGAUGUCUCAGCUUCAGCUAACAAACUCACCAAGAAAGAGUCUCUUAAGGUCCAGAAAAAGAAUUAUAGGGAGGAGAAGAAGCGAGCAACUAAAGAGCUGCUGAGUACAAUCACUGAUCCCUCAGUCGUGGUCAUGGCCGACUGGCUCAAGAUCCGUGGCUCUCUGAAGAGCUGGACGAAGCUGUGGUGUGUAUUGAAGCCAGGUGUGUUACUGAUCUAUAAGAGUCAGAAAAGUGAUCAGUGGGUCGGGACGGUGCUACUGAGCGCGUGCGAACUAAUUGAAAGGCCGUCAAAGAAGAAUGGCUUCUGCUUUAAACUCUUCCACCCGCUGGAACAGUCCAUAUGGGCCAUCAAGGGCCCUAAAGGAGAGACCGUUGGUUCUAUCACUCAGCCUCUCCCCAGCAGUCACCUGAUAUUUCGAGCUGCUUCAGAGUCAGAUGGUCGCUGCUGGAUGGAUGCUCUUGAGUUGGCUCUUAAAUGUUCCAGUCUGCUAAAGAGGACAAUGAUCCGUGAGGGAAAAGAGGAAACAACUGAACACACACACAUCAGCUUCUACAGCCUGCUGAGAUCACACACUCUGCAUGAAUGUGACCAGUUUAAGGAUGAGCUGAACUCGGAUAAGUCAGAUAGAGAGAUAGAGCAGGACGAAUGGGAGAAGAGCGAUGAGAGCGACAGCGACACCAGCGAACGACAGGAAGACUCGUACGCAGACCUGGAGCAUGACACACUGAGGGAAACGCUUUACAUGGAGCAGAGCCAUGAGGAGCUGGGAGAGGCAGGUGAGGCCUCUCAGACAGAGACCGUGUCUGAGGAGAAUAAGUCUCUGAUCUGGACGCUGCUGAAGCAGGUCCGGCCCGGAAUGGAUCUGUCCAAAGUGGUCUUGCCCACCUUCAUCCUGGAGCCCAGAUCAUUCCUGGAUAAACUCUCUGACUACUACUACCAUGCUGACUUCCUGUCUGAAGCUGCAGUAGAGGAAAACGCCUACGAUCGCAUGAAGAAGGUGGUGAAGUGGUACAUCUCUGGAUUCUACAAGAAACCAAAAGGUCUGAAGAAACCAUACAACCCCAUUUUAGGAGAAACAUUUCGCUGCAUGUGGAUUCACCCAAACACCAACAGUAAAACAUUUUACAUUGCAGAGCAGGUACACACACACACACACACACACACACACACACACACACACACAGCAAUGCUUUUGAGGUGUGUUCUCUUUUUUCAGGUAUCUCAUCAUCCUCCAGUCUCUGCCUUCUAUGUCAGUAACAGGAAGGAUGGAUUCUGUCUGAGUGGCAGCAUCCUGGCCAAGUCCAAAUUCUAUGGGAAUUCUCUGUCGGCCAUUUUGGAUGGAGAAGCCAGACUGAGCUUCCUAAACCGAGGGGAAGAUUACGUCAUGAACAUGCCAUAUGCACACUGCAAAGGUAUCCUGUAUGGGACGAUGACGCUGGAGCUUGCGGGUCAGGUCACCAUCUCCUGUGAGAAAACAGGCUACAGUGCACAACUGGAGUUCAAACUGAAGCCGUUUCUGGGCAGUAGUGACAGUGUCAAUCAGAUCAAUGGGAAGAUUAAACUGGGGAAGGAAGUGCUGGCUACACUGGAGGGACACUGGGACAGUGAGAUCUUCAUGAACGAUAAGAAGUCAGGUGUGUGUGAAACGUUCUGGGACCCAACUCCGGACCUCCGUCAGAGUCGUCUGACCCGCUGCACUGUCUCUCCAGAGGAACAGGGGGACUUUGAGUCUGAGAGGCUGUGGCAGCAUGUGACUCGUGCUAUACUGAAUAAAGACCAGACUGAGGCGACCAAUGAGAAGUUUGUUUUAGAGGAAGCCCAGAGGAAGUCUGCUCGAGAGAGGAAGCUGAAGAAUGACCAGUGGAAGCCGGUGCUGUUUGAUCAGGAUCUCAGCAGUGGAGACUGGCACUACCGAUACGCUGACACUCGUCCGUGGGAUCCUCUGAAUGAUUUGGUGCAGUUUGAGAAAGAUGGCAGAGUUCAGACUAAAGUUCGUCACAGAACUCCUAUGGUACGUUCAGCCAGUGUAGUUAGUCUCAGUGCACAGGGCUGCCGGAGGGACAAUUACCUGAGCCAGGUAACGGGACCAAAGCGGAAACAUAAGCAGAAUGAUAAACCCAAAAAUCCAGAGAGUGGCUGUUCAUCUCCAGAACUAGAACAUCAUGACUCAUCAGGCAGACAGAAGAGUAAACCAGGCAGUCGUGGGAGAAAGAAGGUGUCGGAUCUGUGUGAGUUACAGAGUGCAGUGGAGUCCAUCAAACACACACAGGAUGACAUCUGCAGGAGUGUGAGUGCUCUGCGGACUCGGGUGGAGGAUCAGAGCUUCUUCCUCACACCGAGAGAUUACAUCAUCAUCCUCUUCCUCAUCGGUCUGCAGCUCUGUCUCAACCUGGUCCUGAAAUAGAGAGAUGGACAGAGAGAUUCUCUUCAUCCUCACACUGUCCCUCUCCAAUCUGUCCAUCAGCUCUACAUUCCAUUUCCUCUCUCGAUGUCAUGAACAGAGCCACAUUUCAGAGCAGAGUGCUGAUUGGCUGCUUCAGAGUCAGGUGAAGUGAAUGAGCUCCACCUUCCCUGAGCUCCGCCUUCCCUGAGCUCCGCCUUCCCUGGGCUCCGCCUUCUCUGAGCUCCACCUCUGCACACUUUUUAUUCUGUUUUUUAUUUUGUCUAUGUGUUCUGUGUCUAUUUUAUAUUUAUUUCUUUCCUUUGUUCACAUUGUGUGUGUUUUAAUGUUUUUAAAAGGUCAGCGUGUUGUUUUUACCCAUUGACCGAAACAGAAGAUGUAUUUUUUACAGUUAAGAUAAAUAAUGUGAUAAAUAUUGAACAUUUCAGUGAGGACUUUACAUUUCGUCCGGUUUAAAGUUUACCCUGAACAGCAGCUGUGUUAGCGUUUUAGCGUCAGGAUUAGCAGGAGUGUGUAGGGUUCAGUAUCAGCCCUGCUAUCCUGCUGUAGCAGAACUUCCUGUUGUAGCUCCGCCUCUUAUUUUUUAGGUUAGAUCUACACAUUUAAGGCCAAAUAGCCAAAUGACUGAAUCUGUGUGUGUGUGUGUGUGUGUGUGUGUGUCUGUGUGUGUGUGUGUGUGUGUGUGUGUCUGUGUGUGUGUCUGCUAGACACAUGAAUGUGUUCACAUCAGUUAACUCCAGUUAAUGUGCCUUGAAGGGCUGGGUUUCCUCAGAGGGUGUGGUUUCAGAAGGGGCAGUGUACAACUGUUUAUUUCCUUUUCCCUGUUCAUGUGUGUGUGUUUGUGUGUGUGUGUGUUCCUGCAGUUCAUAUCAAUGUUGAUCUGAAUGACUGAAGAUAACUUCCUGUAUGUUAAAUACCUGUAACACACCUCAAUAAAUAAUAACAAACCCUC